UACUCCUCAGGCUGCUAUAAGAGGAGCCGUGGCCGCGCAGCCAGCCUGCCUGUCUGUUUCAGGCCGCCGCUGAUUGGCCAGAAGUUUGCUUGCUGAAACUGACUUGCUUGUAGCCUUCGCGAAACACAAAGAGCGACCUCUCGCUCACAACUUGACGUGCUUUUCUUUAAAACAAACAAACUGUGGCAGAGAGAAAGAGAGAUAAAGGGUGCAGGGGCAGAAAACUGCAGCAUUGGCAUUGCCGGGUACCGAUUGCUUGCUAGCCAGCUUUACUUAGGGAGUCAGCCUGAGCUCAAAUUGCAGUCUUGCUCUCUCUCUCUCUCUAUAGUCGUGCUGCUGAGAGGGAAAAGCCGAAGAAGGGAAGGAAAUACCAGUCGGAGAAUUCAGGUACUUUGUUCUCUCUGACUGAGAGCCAUCUACCGAGCUCUCUCCGCCGCAAAUGACGAGCGUACUUCAUUAGACCGACCGGGAGACAGGCGGAGAGUUCAGCAGACACGCUGCGAAGAAAUGGUUGCGAUUGAAUCCUGACCUUUCGGCGUGUGUGAAAUAAUAAAAGGAGACCUGGUCUGCAGCUGGUCGGACACCCUCGGGUGGUGUGCUAAAAGAUCUCCUGCUCUUUCCCAGAAGUUGGAUUGUCCUCACCGCGGAAGUUGGCACCUCUAGACCCGACAUGGAUUGGUUCCUGGAUUUUAAAUCAGAGUGUUUGAUAUUCUUCCCCUGCACCAUAUAAAAUGGGGAAGCCCUGUUUUAAACAACACGGAUUAGUUCUAGUUCAUACUCCGGGGAUUACAGCCUGGAAAAAGAAACGAAUAUAAAGACGGAACUUCGUUUUACUUUGUUUGGAGGGGAAAGCACAAUGGAAUUUCUUCGACUGGUUUUCAUGAUUUGGGGAGUCACGGCACUCACAGAAGGUGUAAGGGGUCCACCACAAAUUUCGGAGCGGGUGAUCAACCGCCAGACGGUGAGGUUAGGUCGAACGAUCAAGCUGCCAUGUCCGGUGGAGGGAGACCCACCCCCACUUACCAUGUGGACAAAAGACGGGCGCACCAUUCACAGUGGCUGGACGCGGUUCCGAGUCCUCCGACAAGGUCUGAAAAUCAAGGAAGUGGAAGCUGAAGAUGCUGGGACGUACAUCUGCAAGGCUACUAAUGGUUUUGGCAGCAUCAACCUCAACUACACACUCAUUGUGAUCAAUGAUUCAAGUACGGGAAAGGAUGGACAGAAACUACAUCAAGGAUUGAAUGGAGAAUAUACAAAUGAAGAGCCAACAGGAAAGCAAUGGGUCAGGCCCCGGUUCACACAGCCCACCAAAAUGCGCCGCAGGGUGAUAGCCCGUCCCGUGGGCAGCUCGAUCCGACUCAAGUGCGCUGCCAGCGGCUAUCCCCAGCCCGAUAUCACCUGGCUGAAGGACAACAGGCCUCUUACGCCUCAGGAUCUGGGAGACAACAAGAAAAAGAAGUGGACUUUAACUCUGAAAAGCCUAAGGCCGGGAGACAGUGGGAAGUACACAUGCCGUGUCUAUAGCAGAGCAGGCGAGAUAAAUGCGACAUACAAGGUUGAAGUGAUCCAGACCACCAGGUCCAAACCCAUCCUGACCGGAACCCACCCCGUAAACACCACAGUCGAUUAUGGAGGCACAACCUCCUUCCAGUGCAAGGUGCGCAGCGACGUCAAGCCUGUAAUUCAGUGGCUGAAGAGAGUGGAGUAUGGGAACGAGAACAAGUACAACUCCACCAUUGACGUCGGCGGGCAGAAGUUUGUCGUCCUGCCAACUGGUGAGGUGUGGUCGCGGCCGGAUGGCUCUUAUUUAAACAAGCUGAUGAUCUCCAGAGCAAAGGAGGAGGACGCUGGGAUGUACAUCUGCUUAGGUGCAAACACCAUGGGAUACAGCUUCCGGAGUGCUUUCCUCACAGUGCUGCCAGAUCCCAAGCCCCCGAAAGCACCUGUGACCACUUCGUCGAGUGGUAGCCUGCCCUGGCCUGUAAUCAUCGGGAUACCUGCAGGUGCUAUCUUCAUCUUCGGGACGAUCCUGCUUUGGCUAUGCCAAACCAAGAAGAAGCCUUGCUCAAGCCCGGCAGCAGCGGUGGCCACGAUCCACAGGCAGCAGCAGAGGGACCGGACCUGCGUGUCGCAGGCACCGGACAAGGAGUGCGUCACUCCGAUAAACUAUGAGGAAUAUGUGGCUCAGCAGCAGCACCUGCUGGCGCAAGGGCCUCCGCUGGGUGUGCCGCCGGCCCCGAAAAUGUACCCGAAGAUUUACACGGACAUCCACACUCACACGCACUCUCAUGUCGAAGGGAAGGUCCACCAGCACCAGCAUAUCCACUAUCAGUGUUAGCUCAGAGCCACUGGAGUACCGGGGGUAUUUCCAUCUUCCUGCAGGACCUCUCUCGUCAGCCCACACUGCCGGUAUGCUGAAGGCUAGCUGGCAAAGGCCUCCUUAGGAACUUGGGAGACAGAGUGGAAAAUGGAGCUACUCUCAAAUUCCCAAGUAAUGAGAGUGUACUUGGACGCAGUGAAACCUGGGCUGAAGUGAAUGAUUCAAGGUGAUAUUUUAGAAGAGAUUCAUACCAAAAGAUCGACUCAAUGCCUAACUUGUUUUAAAUAAAACUGCAAUAACUCAAUCAUCUCACACUAAUCCCAAUUUAAAAAACCUUAUGAAAUGCAACUAACUUUUGAUGCACAGUCCAACUAAUGAAAAACUUUGCCCCAAGUACUGAACAAUUGCUUUGUACUGAUAAAUUUUAUAUAUAUAUAUAUAUAUAUAUAUAUAUAUAUAUAUAUAUAAAAUUAUAAACUAUACUUGAGGUAUUUUUGAAUACUGUGAGACUAGUUGACUUAUGCAGUUAAAUCCCAAAACAAAAAUACCUUAUCCUCAACAAAACCAAAUAAUAUUUAUAUAUUAUAUAUAUUUCAAAAAUAAUUACAAUUAUUUGAAAUACGAACAGGAAUUAGAAAGAUUAUAUUUGCAAUAAUACAGACAAAUACAUCUGUGCUCACUAUAGACGCUUCUCAUUAAGUUCUUUGCGUUUUAAAGAAAGAUGUUGUCGACACCAAGUUCCUGGCUCACUUGAUUCAGAUUUAAAUAGUCAGUGCUUCAAAAUGGAUGUCUGCUGGGUGCUGUGGAAAGUUUGAAACAAAGCCUGCAAAAUAACUGUGUCUGGCCACUGCCGUUAUGAACGAAUGGAACAGCAGAACAAUACUUCACAUGUGAACUGGCAGAGACUGCGAGGAUGAAAUAUGUAUUCAUCCAGGCAGCGGAAAAGUGGAUGCUGUGCUGCUCUCUUUCACUGAAGAGACAAGAAAUGCUGGGCAAUCUGCCACAUCAGUUGGGGUCAAGAUAUGUCAUCACAGCCCAGCAGCUGCCCCAGCAGAGCCUCCAGGUGAACUGAGCUUUGCUUCCGCUCUUAACCUGCGAUCAUACCUUUCUGUUCCAUACAAUCAGUUUGCAAUGACGUUGUAGCAAAUAGUAGUGCUUAUGUGGAUUAGAGAGAGACACUAAUCACAGAAAUAAGCCUUUUUGGUGUAAAACUAUAUAGAUUUUAAACAGAAAGUCAUGUAUAUUUAAUUUAUUUUGUUAAGCAAGAAAAGAAAGUGUAUCAUAUUUUCCUCUGAAACAGGUGUUUGUUUCUAUAAAUAUAUUUGAUCAAAGGUGAAACUGAAUUGUUGCAGAGUUGGGAUUAAAAAAGAGAUCCUACACAGCAUGAAUUGGCUAAUGUCAUCUAUCAAUGAGACUGUGUGUAAGAUUUUUAUGCAAAGCCUUUUUUAUCCAAAGUAAUCUUUAUAUCGACAAUCUUGUAUAGACUGUCCCAUUGUUACUGCUGGCUUCUUUUUGUAUCUGUCGUGUUUUGAACACAAUUGUAAGUUCUUUAAACAUAUUUCAGAAAGAAAUAUUUUAUUAGGAAAAUAAUGUAAUGGCAUAAAAGGACUAAUAUCACUGUAUCCUGUUUAUAUCUUAGUACUUCCCAGAUUAUUAUUUGAACAACUUCUGAUGCUUUUAUGGGAAUUAAAGACACCAUAAAAUAUUUAAACACAUUAGUAAUUCAACUAAGUCGCUGUGGAGAAUAGCUAGCAAUCUAAAGUGAGUUUAUGACACUGUAAAAAGUAACAAGAAACUGCUAGGUUUAUAGCCUGCCCUAAUCAAUGCUAAAGUGUGCCUCACUGCUGUUAUAAGAAGCACUUUAUGACAAGUUUGAAGUCAGUCCCAAAUGCCUUAUUAAGUAUAAUUGGUUUGAGAGACUUUGCCCAUUGACCAUUGCUUAAAGAUAUGCAUGUGUCAGUAACUUGUAUCCAUGGCGAAGCAGGCACUCACCGCCUUACUGUCAUUCCGUCCAAUAGGGAGUGAGGUAAGUGGACGAAACUGUGAGACCAACUCGAACUGAUACAUAUCUGGCAACCAACUAGACUGUAGAAUGAAAGACCACCUACAUAACAAUAGAUAGCACAUAAAAAAAUCUAUUUACAAUUUAAUACGUCAGCAACAGAAUAGAGUGCCAUGGUAACAUUGCAGUUAGAGUGAUUGUAUUACAGCUCGGAACAUAUAGGAGUUCAAUUCCGGCACCAUCUGUAAGGAAUUUGUACAUUCUCCCUGUGAACCAUUUAGAUUUCCUCCAGGUGCUCCGGUUUCCUCCCACAUUCCAAAGACGUACUGGUUAGUAGGUUAAUUGGUCAUUGUAAAUUGCCAUGUGGUUAGGCUAGUGUUAAAUGGGUUGGUUGCUAGGCGGUGUGGCUCAUUGGGCUGGAAGGGCCUGUUCCUCACUUCAUCUCUAAGUAAAUAAAAUAGAUGACUCACAUGCCUGAACAGACUUGUCCACUCGCCAUCAAACAAAAACACACCCUUUGAUCAAAUAACACAACAGAGAAAAAUAAAACUUUCUUUCAUAAAGUUCAUUAAACAUUUAAAGAAAUAAUAUUAUUAAUAAAAAGACAGAUAAA